UAAAUUAUGUGAUGAAGUCAUAGUCAUAUAUCUAUUUUUAAUGCUGUUAAAUUUAAAUWGCUGUGGGGAGCUGGUGCCUGUCUGCAGCAGUCUCUGUGAGAAAGGUGUGGAGAGAUGGACAGGUCCAUCCCAAGGAUGCAUAAAGACAAAACAAACUCUAGGGACAAAGAUCCUAACAUGCAUGUUUUUGGUUUGCGGGAGGGAACUGGAGUACUCAGAAGAAACCCACGUACGCACGGAGAGAACAUGCAAAUUCCAUUCAGAAAGGUCCAGAGCUGGGAGGGGAACCUGCAACCUUCUCGCUGAGAAGCAACAGCUCUAACAACUGCUCCAUUGUGCCCCCCAUGGUUGGACAAGUCUACUCAGUACCAGACAGAAAAGCCACACAGGUUGACUGCAGAACUGUAAAGCCAAACAAUCUGUUGACUGAGAGUGUAAACCUGGGAUUUGAAACAUCAAUAGAUUGCUCAGACGGCAAAAAUGAAGACGCAGACAUCCUGUUUCAACAGCUCGACACUGAAAGGAAAGUCUACUGGGCCGAACCGAUCCAGGUCCCUGAAGGCUUCGGGACCUUGGAGGAUUCAGAUGGAUUUCAGUUUCCCAAAGACUCUCCAGCUUCUCCAGUAUCAUCWUCUACAGUGGAAAGUAUGUCCCUGCCUGUGUCAUCUGCACCGAUGAUAAAGACUGAUCAGACUCCAAGACAUUCUUCCAUAGAUGAAUCUUCCUCCUUAACGUUUACUGAGUUAUUGUCCCUGUCUGCCACCUCACAACUCAAGCCAACAAGUCACUCGGUUUCUGUUCAGAUAGCUUCAUUUCAGUCAUCUCAUAUUGUUUGUAGGAAAGAUGUUCCUUUCUGGACUGAGUCAAAACACACACAGCUCCAGAGUAAUCUCAAAUUAGAAACCUACACCUCUUUUUGUACCGUACAGAAAUGGGCAGACCUGCAGAUUCAGCGGAAUGCUCUCAUCAACAAAUUAACACACGAGGGUCUCUGUACAAUUCCAAACCAUCAGGCUUUGAGUUCCUCACAUGUUACACACCCACCUUCUGUGAUAUUCCCUUCCUUUCCAUAUUUUCCUUUGCUGUCGAAAGACUGGAAAUCCCAUAAAUCUGUCACUGUGAUGGCUGGAAAGUAUGAGGCAGCACCGGUCUGUGUGGAUACAGGACUUUGGUCUCGUGAGCAGGACGAAGGACUCGGUAGAAAGAAUAAUAAGCUUCUCAAGAACCAUCAGACACCCACUGUGCAACGCUACCGUUCAUGUGAUCACAAGGGUAACCUCUCUGCUCAGAAGUGUUACGUUAAUCAUCACCAAACAAAUCCUUACUCUCGUGAUGAGUUGGAGGAGAUGAAGCUGUGUCUGCAGCAGUUUAAUACUUUGUUCAGUAACAUGGAGCAGAAGUUCUCUGAGGAGCGGGCAGCAGCUUACAGUGCUCUCUCUGAUGCUGACAGAGAGAAUGUUCAGGACAUAGAGAUGCUGAGAUCUGCAGUAAAACUGGAGGCUGAAGAACUAGAAAUGCAGUUGAAUGAGCUAGCCCAUCAGUAUGAUGAAAUGUAAAAAUGAUUCAUACAGGCCAGAGGAGCUGCAUUUUAUCAGCAUGCAUCGCAAAAUCUGCUGAAGAGCAGUGAGUUCCCCAACAGCCGUUUGGUUUUUCCAGCUGAAACACAAAUCACUCGCAGGAUCCAGAUAAUCAUUUGUCUCACAUGAACUGAGCAGCAGAGUAAUGACAUAGAGAACUUAAAAUGAAUUAAAAUUAUAACAAUUAUUAUUAUUAUUUGUAUUAAUCGAUAACUCGGACUAAAAUAACAGCAGCUAGUUCUCCACUUCAGCCUGUUGUUUUAGGACAGUGAAAAUGUAUUAAUAAACAGGACUGGAUUCAUUUAUUCUAACAAAUUCCUCCUGUAACCAGGUGUCUGUAUAUAAAUCAAUAUGAUGAAAUCAAAUUGAAAUAUUACAUUCAAUAGUCCACAUUUAUUUGUUUAAAAUUUUUUGUUCUGGUAAAGUAACUGUUUAUUUUUAUACAAAUUUGAAGGUUUAUUUUUAAGAGUAUUUUCUGUUUAUUUAAUUUGGACUGUGAGAGAGCUGACACAGUUUUAAAGGGGGUUGAGUGUGUAACAGAGGAGAGGAUUACAACUGUUUCCUGGACUGGGUCUUGGGUUGUCAGUAGUUUGGACGACAAACAAAAUCAUUCAGUCGUAAAAAGAAGAAUGGCUUUAUUUAUAGAGGGAUAUAUGCCAUCUCUCCCCAUUAGACCAGGUUUUCCCCAUAAUGUGUUACAGUUAGCCCACAUUGUUUUCAGGACACCACCUGGACAACCAGUGGUUGGACACCUGUCACUGACAAGACCAGCAAUGACCAAUACUCUCUCCUUUGGUUACAGCCUUUGUUCCUAAAUGUGCGUUAUUACAAAUAAACUGACUUCAAAAAUAAA